UAUUUGGAGUGAUAGCUUCCCUAACUCAAGUUCUCUCUGAUUUGCUGCUGUAGCUUUUAGGCUCACAGAAGCUGCAUCUUCCCCAAUGGGUAUCAGGUGCAGUGUAAGCUGCAGAUACCUGCUCAGCUGCAAAUGCCUUUAAUCAUGGAAAGAAAGCUCCUAAAGAAGGAUAUGAAAAAGCUCUUGGGAGAUUAUAUUGGCAUCAGACUCCGGGAAAAUGAAUUUGACCCCAAAGGAAGAAGGCAGCUCACCUUUCUAGAUGAUAUGGCCCACUAUGACUUAGCCAUCAGUGUUGCUUUGCAAUGGCUGAAUCAUUCAGAAGACUUAACUUGGCUGGAGUUGGAGAAAGGGAAAAGACCAUUUCAUGGCAGACCCAUGUAUCCAAACCACAGAGAAAGAGAAGCCAUGAUUUUAUCAUCUUAUGCUGGAAUCCUAAUGAACAGCAUCCCAGUUGAGGAAGUCUUUAAAAUUUAUGGGGCGGAUUCUUCUGCCAAUUCUGCUGCUAUCAAGGUUCCCCGAGUUCUACCUUUCCGCCUCUCCUUGCACCCUUUUGCCAUGUUAACAGCGCCCAAAGCAGCAGAAUAUGCCCGCAAACAGAGUGUCAAGUGCAGAAGGGGAGCCAUGAAUAAAAAUGCCGCUAACAGCUCUACAAGGGAAGCAAAUGCCACGGAGCAGAAAUGAUCAAUAAAUUUAUCUUUGGACACACAGCCUAAGAACAAAGUAGGUCUAAGAACACAAAUUGGAUCAAAAUGAUAGCAGAUCUUUGGGGAGUACUUUACUUACAAUGUUUUAAAAGUUUAGCCUCUAGAAUUAGAUGCUGUGGGUUUGAAACUAAAGCCUACUGUGUGACUUCAGGCAAGUGACUUAACAUUUCCAUUUCUUAGUUUUCUCUUCCGCAAAAUGGGAAGAAUAAUGGAACCUCACUCUUAAGAUUGUUGGGAUGAUUACCUGAGAUUAUGUAUGUUAAGAGGUCAAAAUAGUGCUUGUGCAGAGUAAAUCUUAAAAUAUUAACCAUAUUAUCUUGUAGCAUUUGAGAGAUGCUAUUCACAAGUUAAUCAGCUGUUAUUCUGUGGUUUCAAAUAAGUGUAUACAUGCUUAUUGUAAAAAUUUCAAACAAGAAUUGUAAGUGAAAAGUAAAAGAACCCCUCUUCCCCACACCCUUUCCUACUUCUUAGAAAUAACUACUUUUCUUGUGAUAGUCCAAUGUUUCUUGUGAAAUUCAAAUAUUGCUAUAUGUGUACAAGUAUGUCAUGUGAUAUUUUUGUGAUAUUGAAGUACUACUAUACAUGUAUGUCUUACUACUGAUUUGUAAGAGAAAAUAAAUA